AUGUCGAUCUCGAGCGAUGAGUUGAAGAGGGGACUGGUCGUGAUUCAGGAGGAAUGGCAGCAGGUGGACGAAAAGUCGGGAUGGAAUGAGUACGAUACGACGUUUUUGAGAAUUACGAGGUCUCUGAGUUCUUUGGCGAACACAUUCGACGUGCCACAAACUGAAGAUGAGAUUAAAGAAGACGACGAAGAGGCGCUGGUAGACAAGACGCCAAGAGAACUUCUCGUUGUCUACGACAUCGUCCAUUCGCAGUCCUAUCAGGUCCCGGUUCUCUACUUCAACUUCAAGAACACAUCCUCUGGGGGGAAACGUUCGAUUGAAGAAAUCUACCAGAUGCUCGUUCCGAACGCUCACGGCACAUCAAUGCAGGCCGUGGGACAGCUGGGUGCCAUUACCCUCACAGAGCACCCUAUCACUGGAAUUCCAUCCUACUUUGUACACCCAUGCAGAACGCGGGAAGCGCUGGAGCCUGCCCUGCAAGGAAAGACGGUGAAGCCAGCUGAAUAUGUGAUGCUCUGGCUUGGAACCAUCGGGUCGAGUGUUGGCCUGGAUAUUUCCCUGCCGCUCGCGAUGAGACUUGGACGUGAGGGCCUGGUCGCGCAGGGCACUUAG